GCGCUGUCCCCGGGUCACCCCGGCCUCGCCGCCGCCGCCGCCAUCGCCAUGCGCAGCCGGAGCAACUCGGGCGUGCGGCUGGACGGCUACGGCCGCCUGGUGCAGCAGACCAUCCUCCGGCACCAGGACGCGGUGACAGGCUUGCUUCCCGCCAGUGAGGAUCACAAAGAUGCCUGGGUCCGGGACAAUGUCUACAGCAUCAUGGCCGUGUGGGGCCUGGGUUUGGCAUACCGCAAGAACGCUGACCGUGAUGAGGACAAGGCAAAGGCUUACGAGCUAGAGCAGAGUGUGGUGAAGCUGAUGCGGGGAUUGCUCCAGUGCAUGAUGAGACAGGUGGACAAGGUAGAGGCAUUCAAGUACAGCCAGAGCACCAGGGACUGCCUGCAUGCCAAAUACAACACCUGCACCUGUGCCACUGUGGUGGGGGACCACGAGUGGGGUCACCUACAGAUGGAUGCCACUUCCCUCUACUUGCUCAUGUUGGCGCAAAUGACUGCCUCAGGCCUUCACAUAAUUCACAGCCUGGAUGAGGUCAACUUCAUCCAGAACCUUGUGUUCUACAUCGAAGCAGCCUACAAAACUGCAGACUUUGGGAUAUGGGAGCGUGGAGACAAGACAAACCAAGGCAUCACCGAGUUGAAUGCUAGCUCUGUUGGCAUGGCAAAGGCUGCCCUGGAGGCGCUGGAUGAGCUGGACCUCUUUGGAGCGAAGGGAGGCCCACAGUCUGUGAUACGAGUACUAUCAGAUGAAGUGCAGCACUGCCAGUCCAUCCUCCAUUCAAUGCUGCCGAGAGCCUCCACAUCCAAGGAGGUGGAUGCCAGCGUGCUCUCUGUCAUCUCCUAUCCGGCGUUUGCUGUGGAGGAUAGCGAGCUGGUGGAAAUCACCAAGCAAGAGAUCAUCACGAAGCUGCAGGGGCGCUAUGGCUGCUGCCGUUUUCUCCGCGAUGGAUACAGGACCCCCAAAGAGGACCCCAACCGCCUCUACUAUGAGCCUGCUGAGCUGCAGCUCUUUGAGAACAUCGAGUGCGAGUGGCCUCUGUUCUGGACAUACUUGAUCAUUGAUGGGAUUUUCAGCGGCAAUGUGGAGCAGGUGCAGGAGUACCGGGAAGCCCUUGAAGGGGUCCUCAUCAAGGGGAAGAACGGUGUGCGCCUGCUGCCAGAGCUGUACAGUGUCCCACCGGAUAAGGUGGAUGAAGAGUACAGGAACCCCCACACUGUGGACAGGAUACCUAUGGGCAAGCUACCGCUUAUGUGGGGCCAAUCUCUCUACAUCCUGGGCUGCCUGAUGGCUGAGGGGUUUCUAGCUCCCGGCGAAAUCGAUCCCCUCAACCGCAGGUUUGCGACUGUCCCCAAACCCGACGUGGUGGUCCAAGUGUGCAUCCUGGCAGAGACAGAUGAGAUCAAAGCCAUCCUGAGGAAGGAAGGCAUCAAUGUGGAGACUGUGGCUGAUGUGUACCCCAUCAGAGUCCAACCUGCCCGCAUCCUCAGCCACAUCUAUGCCCGCCUGGGCCGCAACAAGCAGAUGUGCCUCACAGGACGCCCCUUCCGGCGCAUGGGUGUUCUUGGAACCUCCAAGCUCUAUAACAUCAGGAAGAACAUCUUCACUUUUACCCCACAGUUCAUAGACCAGCAGCAAUUCUACCUGGCUCUUGACAACACGAUGAUAGUGGAGAUGCUGCGGACAGACCUUUCGUACCUCUGCAGCCGCUGGAGGAUGACUGGGCGGCCAACCAUCACCUUCCCUGUCUCUCAGACCAUGCUUGAUGAAACUGGCAGCAGCGUGCACCACACAGUUCUGGCAACGCUGCGGAAGCUGCAGGACGGGUAUUUUGGUGGUGCAAGGAUCCAGACGGGUAAGUUGUCUGAAUUCCUGACAACAUCAUGCCGAACACACCUCAGCUUCAUGGACCCCGGGCCGGAGGGUAAGGUCUUUGCCAACGAUUACGAGCUCAGCAUUGACAACUUUGAGGAGCUAGACCCUGAGGAAUGGCUGCAUGGCUUGCAGUUAGCAGAUGAUGCUGACACCUUUGAUGAAGUUGCUCAGUACUUAGAUCACCUGUUGCAGCGCACGGCUCCCCGGUCCAACCUUCCUCCUACUGCCCAACCAGGAGGGCUGAAUCGCUUCAGAGCUGCCGUACACACCACCCGUGAUCUCAUGUCCCUAGUAUCCAAGGCUAAAGACCUUCACGUCCAGAAUGUUGGAAUGUACAUCCCCAGCAAGAUCUUCCAGGCAUCCCAGCAGUCUGUCAACUUGCUAAGCUCUCCUCCCCAGCAUGACGUAGAUGGCAAGAGCUACGUGCUCCAUGCAGAGAUGAACCUACCCAGAGAUGAGGCUGGCAACGUGGACUGCAAGGCACUGGUGGACCAGCUACGCAUCUGUCCCACGCUGCAGGAGCAAGCAGACAUCCUCUACAUGCUCCACAUCCUCAAGGGGCCUGAGUGGCACACUGGGCUUGAGAGCCAGCCUGGGCCCACCGUCAAGGAGCUCCUCACCGAGCUGUAUGUGCGGGUGGGGGCUACACGCCAGUGGGCCCUGAUUCGUUACAUCUCCAGCAUUCUCAAGAAGAAGGUGGAAGCUCUGGAUGAGGCCUGCACUGACCUCUUGUCUCACCAGAAGCACCUGACAGUAGGGUUACCCCCAGAGCCACGUGAGAAGACCAUCUCUGCCCCGAUCCCCUAUGAGGAGCUUGUUCGCCUCAUCGAUGAAGCCAGUGACAAGAACCUUAGUGUCUCCAUCCUGACCCAGGAGAUCAUGGUGUACUUGUCCAUGUACAUGCGCACUCAGCCCUCGCUCUUCGCUGAGAUGUUCCGCAUCCGUAUUGGACUCAUUAUCCAGGUGAUGGCAACGGAGCUGGCACACUCCCUGCACUGCUCGGCUGAAGAAGCCACUGAGAAUCUGAUGAAUCUCAGCCCAUCGGAUGUGAAGAAUCUUCUUUUCCACAUUCUCUCUGGAAAGGAGUUUGGGGUGGAAAAGAGUGUGCGAUCAGUUGACUCGUCAGUCACCACCGCUAUCUCCAUCUGCGAAGUGGAGGCUGUUGGGGCCACUAAGCCUGAGCGUGCUGGCAUCGUCCGUCUGAAAAGUGAGAUCAAACAGCAACUGGAUAAACGUAGGCAGUCUCUGUCUAGGAGUAAGACCAUCGAUGUGCAAUCCGAAGAAGCAGAUCUGAAGUCCUCUCUGCACUUGGAGCUGCUGGGCAAGGGCUCUGUCACAAGCUUGCCAGAAGACCGGGGUGCUAAGGAUAGCCGCCAAGGCCAGUGGAAGAGGAGACGGCGGCUGGAUGGGGCCCUCAAUCGUGUCCCUGUGGGCUUCUACCAGAAGGUCUGGAAGAUCCUGCAGAAGUGCCAUGGCCUCUCUGUGGAGGGCUUUGUUCUCCCUUCUUCAACAACCAGAGAGAUGACCCCAGGGGAAAUAAAGUUUGCAGUGCAUGUGGAGUCAGUUCUCAACCGCGUGCCCCAGCCAGAGUACAGGCAGCUGCUUGUGGAAGCUAUCUUAGUGCUCACCAUGUUGGUGGACAUGGAGGUCCACAGUAUUGGUGGCAUCAUUGCUGUGGAAAAGAUCUUGCACAUUGCCAACGACCUGUUCUACGAGGAGCAGAAGGCCCUGGGUGCUGAUGAUCACAUGCUGGAGAAGGAUCCCAGCACCGGCAUUUGCAGCCUCCUGUAUGACAGCGCACCCAGCGGUAGGUUCGGCACCAUGACCUACCUGUCCAAAUCAGUGGCAAUAUAUCUGUACGACUUCCUGCCCAACGAAGGUUGUUCCAUGCAGUAGUUGGAGCUUGGAGCUCCUCUCCCUAGUUUGCAGACUACUUGUGAGGAUUGUUUUGUACAGCUUUUCAAGUCAGGUCUUAAGCUAGUUUGCAAGCAGCCUGCAUAGUUAUCUCACCUCCCAGCCCUGGCCUUGCUGCCGCUCUCCCACCAAGAGCAGCUCUCCAGAGGGGCUUUGCAGGAGUUGUGUGUCCACAUUGACCUGUGUCAAUGUACAGACUGCAGAGCAGGAGCUGGCGCAGAAACGCUGGACUUUAAAGUCUGCUUAUGUUAGAAGUGUCUGUUUGCAUGGCUUCUUGGGCUGUCACCCCCUGGGCGGGAUGAUGUUUGUGGGAGACUGCAAGAGGACACCCCUAACCUGGUGUGUGCACUCUGCACUGCAGCAUGCCCAGUCCAGCUGAUGCUACCCCUACCUGCAGCAGAUUUGAGGGGUUUUUUUACCUGUUCUGUGGUGCUUUUUGCUCCAGACUUGCAGGGUUUAUAAUAAGGUAACCCGAAGCCCUUACUCCUCUGCUGCUGGUGGAAAAUUUGGACUCUCCCUGCGAAGCAGCUCUAAAUGGGCUGCUUGGUUUGGCAUUAGCUGCACACACCAGCUUAAUACUCACUCAGCUCUUGCCUCUGCUCUCAUCCUCAGCUCUCACAGCCUGAGACUGGAGGAUGGCAGUGACUUGAGUGGAUCAGUGCCCUGCUCUAUCUCACAGGUGCUCACAGCUUGAAACCCACGUAGGAUAUUGCUGUUAGACUGAUAGAGGUCAGGCACACCAUGGAUUCCCACAGCAGAUCCUCCCUGCAUCCCUUCUCCCCCACAGCACGCUGGCUGGGGGGGAAGAUGGGUUUUGUGUGCAUUGUCUGAUCUCCAGCUUUAUUAGGCCUUAGGGCUGAGAAGAUUUCUUGGGUUGCUUUCAGGAGAGUUUCCUGCCUGUAGCAGUUACACUGUUAUCAGUGAGCACUGAUCCUCCAAACCCAUCUUCUUUAACUUCCCCUUCUGCCAAGUGUUACCAAUGCACCAUCUCUCAGCCCACUGGGCAUUUGAGGGUGUUGCUGGCAACGCAAGGAAGAGUGAAGUGAAAGAGGGGACCUCGGGAGCAGCUGAAGUGCUAGAAAGCACCUCCUCCCAUGGGCUUCAUCCAUGCAUGCUAACCCUUGCCAUGGAUCAGAGCCGUGGAGAGGAGGAGGAGGCAGGGAGAGACCUUCCACCAUUGCCUGCUAGCUCUCUCGCUCUUGAGAAGAUCAGGCACUGGGAUUAGAGCUGCCGGGGCUCUUUGCCAAGCCCAGGGCAGGGCGUUCAGAGCGUUAGAAAGCGCUGCUCGCCGUGAAUUGCUGGACAACAGGGCCCUCCUCAGCUGAAGAGCAUCUGCGUGGGGGUGGGGGGCUAUUGUGGCUGCUUCGGGGUGGCAGCGGUCGGGGAAGAUUGGGAACCGCGUGUGGGUGCCCCCAGGUGUGUGGAGUUUUUAAAAUACCUUUUGGAAGAGUGCUGAGUAUUUUUUUUGGGGGGGAGGGGGGCUUGUUGGGGGGGAGGGCAGCGCCAAUGAGGCCCCCCCACCCUGUUCACCCGCAGCGACUAGAGCAGUCGCACCUUCGCCUCUCUGCCCGGCUGCGGCUGUAAGAGGGAGGCAACUCGCAAGAGUCGUUCGGCGCGCGUAGGCGAUGCAUGCGGACUUUGGUUUUUGUUUCCUUUUGUAAUAAAAAACAUGUUAUAAAAAACA